GUGAUGAGCACAUCCCCACCUAAAAAGCCAUGAUCCUCUUCCCACGAUGCCAUCUGUUUGAAAUAGGGGACCAACCAUGGUGUCCCGAAUGGAUGCGAGCCUACAUCCAAUCAUAUCUAACACGCGUGUGGAAUCUGCAUAUCCCGCCCUUCAGCAAGGCCCCUCCAGCAGGUAUAGCGGCGGACCUUAUUCUGGAGCACGUAAAGGAUCCAGAUUCAUUCACAUUUGUUGAUCUUUGUGCGGGUGCAGGAGGGCCGACUGGAACGCUUGAACAUGUCUUGAAUGCGAAGCUUAGAGAGGAAGGCAGGCCAACAGCGCGAUUUGUUCUCACGGAUCUGUACCCCCGGGUUGAAGAAUGGUCUGCGAUUAGUAGACGGCAGGAGAAUAUCUCGUUCGUUUCUGAGCCUAUGGAUGCGACAAUAUGUGAGAGAGUGGCACCGAGGAAUCGGAAGGAGUGCAGAAUCUUUAAUCUCUGCUUUCAUCAUUUUGAUGAUUUGCUGGCGUCGACUAUAUUGCGGAAGGCGACGGAGUCUGCUGAUUCGUUUAUAAUUUUUGAAUUUGCUCAGCGCAAUUUCACUUCGUUGCUCAACAUUCCUGUUAUGCUUCUUUUUCCUUUUUGGUAUACAGCUUGUCGGUACAGAUAUUCUCCUCUGCACUUAUUCUUCACAUAUGUGGUUCCCUUGCUAUCUUUGCUUAUUUCUUUUGAUGGCCUGGUGUCGACCAUGCGUUGUCGGACACCGGAGGAGAUUCGAGCGCUCUUGGAUCGACCGGACUUGGACCUCAGUGACUGGGAAUUUAAGAGCGGGCACCGUAUGUUGUUCGAGCCGUUUGUACAUAUCUACUACUACAUCGGAGUUAAAAAGGAAAAAUUGUAA